CCAGGCGUACAAUAUAAACUUUGACCCAUAUUAUGUAUCCCGCCCCGAUAAUAGAUAAGACGGAAGGAUAAAGCUCAAGCUGCCAGAAUCGUCGCCCCGCUUUACGUGUAGAAACACAGUCUUGCAGGAUCUAGAGUUUGACCAACAUGGCGACCAGAGCCGGAUCUCAUCUGAAACAAAUGGAGGGAGAGGAUGGACAGGAUUCUCCCCGUACCCACAAGUGCUGCUAUUGUGACAAGGAGUUUCGCUUUAAAAGUAGACUCAAUCUACACCUGCGAACUCACACGGGUGAGAAACCGUAUAGAUGUGAGGAGUGCAGCAAACAGUUCAGUAGGCUUGGUACCCUGAAAAUACACAUGAUAACUCACACGGGUGAGAAACCGUAUAGAUGUGAGGAGUGCAGCAAACAGUUCAGACGGCUUGGUACCCUGAAAAUACACAUGCAUACUCACACUGGUGAGAGACCAUACCAGUGUGAUGAUUGCGGGAAACGGUUUUGUCGGAAAUCUAAUCUGGAGGACCACAUGAGAUCUCACACCGGUGAGAGACCAUACGAGUGUGAAUAUUGUAACAAGUGCUUCAGUAAGUCAGUUCGUCUGAAGACUCACAUGCGGACUCACACAGGGGAAAACCCUUACAGAUGUGAGGCAUGCUGCAAGCAGUUCAGUGAACUG